GUUUCAAGAUAUAGUUUAUUGUUGGUAACGUCAACAACAUUACCAACAAACAAGAACGUACGUUGUGAUUAUAAUAACUACCUAGGUAUAUUAAGAAUCCAUUGUCUUCUUCUUCUUGGAACGAUCAUAAGCAUCAACAAAAACUUUGUGAUUAUGGGCUCUGAAAAAGAGGAAGACGAUAUUGAAGAAGAGGAGUUGAUAAGAACAUCUAAACUUCAACUUGUCUUGGCGGCGAAAUCGAGAAAACAAGAGUACACUUCAUCACCAGUGAUAAGUCAUCACGUGUCACUAUCACUCUGGUCUUCCCCUGAUGACUUAUCACACUCUCGCGCUUCGGUUCCUUUCUCAUGGGAAGAAGAACCUGGUAAGCCUAAACAAGAUACUCUUCUUAGAGCUCCUCCUAGUUACCCCAAGCAUCUUCAUUUGCCUCCGAGGCUGCUUGAACUUACCAAAACGCCUCUGUCUUCGGGUCAUCCUCAUUAUCUCGAAGCGUUGAAACGGUGGUUCCGGUUGAAGAAAGAUAGAGCUAAUGAUCAUGACGUGGUUGGACUGUGCAGUUUUGCCGUUUCAUGGGAAAAUAAAAACGAUAUGAAUAUCACAAGAACGAGAAGUCGUCUCCAUUGUCUCUCUGACGUCGCUAGGUGUUAUUCAUGGAUAUAUACAGUGGCGGAGGUAGCCUUUAGGGAGGGGGGUCACUUGACCCCUAUGAAUUUUUAUGACAACAAUUUUACUUGUAUUUUUGGUUUAAAAAACUGGUAAAAUGCUGUAAAAUUAGUACAAUGACCCCGGUAAUAUUUUCUCAAAGUACACUUAAAUCUAUGUUUCAGUUUUGUUGACCCCGGUAAACUUUGUGGCUGGCUCCGCCACUGGAUAUAUAUAUAUAUAUAUAUAUAUAAUAUAUAUAUAUAUCACGUAGCCAUGUUUGUAUCUUCUUUGGUUCUUGCAGGAAGUUCCAUGGAAGAAGAAGAAGAAGAAGCUGAAAAGAGAUGUCAUUUGUCGUACAGUUUGAGAGAUGCUGCGUUCAUAAAUUGUCACCAGAGUUUGAUACACCGUUUCGUUGGAUACUCGUCUAGUGCACCACCAAGUACUUACCUGGGCUUCUACAGGCCUCACAUACUGGCCCAAUAAAAUUAAUACCGAAUUUUAAGUUCUCAACUUUUUCAUGAUCGAGCUGGAUUCGAAUGUAUGGUUGGUCAAUAGAUAUAUAUCACAUGGAAGAAGAUAGCAUGUUGCGAUAAAGUACCGUGGGCCAUAUAGAAUGCCCUAAUAAUGCAUAAUUAGUGGCUAGGAUCAUGUGAUUCUUUCAGAUGCGAUCAUCAUUACAUCAAAGCGGUCCAAUAAAUUACUUUUUUGUAUAAGUUCGGUGGCUACGAUUCUUAAGACAUAUUCUAU